AAAGGUGCAGUGAGUGAGAAAUAGAUCGAUCAUUUCUUCAUAUAGCUUUUCAUUCUUGUUCAGAUCCACAGACCCAAGUCGCUUCUAAUUGGGGUUUUUCUUCUUCGCCUGAUUCGAUAUCUCCCUCAUUCACAGUUCACUGAGAUUUAGCUUUAUAAAAAAGAGAAGAAGUUAUAUUCAAUUCAAUUCAAUUCUCCAACUUCCUCGAGUACACUCAUUAGAUGAGGCUCUUACAGUUGGCUUUCAUAGUCUCUUUAACCUCUGGAUUUGCAGCGAUUCUCAUAUACAUCACUGGUGUUUCUAAACUCUAUGGAACACGCCAGCUUUCCGAUGAAGAUAUCGAAGCAUUGCAAUCUCUGCAGGGUAGUUUUCAGAAGUGUGUGAGUUCAAAUGGAUUAGGUAUACAAGCUGUAAGUGGUACAGACUUUUGUGAGAUUACGCUACAGUUUCCUAGUGACACUGACUCCAAAUGGAGAGAUCCCAAAACAGGAGAACCUGAAGGCCUUUCAUUUAGUUUCAAUCUCUGUGAAGCUGUAGCAACAUGGGAACAGGUGCGGAAUAGUACCACAAUACUCACUAAGGAGUUCAUUGAUGCUUUACCCAAUGGAUGGGAGGACUAUGCAUGGCAGAGAAUUAAUAAGGGAAUACUUCUCAACCGAUGUGAAAAUAAGACUCUUUGCAUGGAGAAGCUUUCUUUGGUACUCCCUGAAAUACCACCAUAUUUUCCAAGGCAGUUUGGCCAGUGUGCUGUUGUUGGUAAUUCAGGGGAUCUUCUGAAGACGAGGUUUGGAAAGGAGAUAGAUGGUUAUGAUGUUGUUGUCAGGGAAAAUGGUGCACCAAUCCAGAACUAUACAGAUUAUGUGGGUAAAAAAAGUACAUUUCGCCUUCUUAAUAGAGGAUCUGCCAAAGCACUUGACAAAGUUGCAGAAUUAUAUGAUACUGGAAAGGAGGUAUUGAUCAUUAAGACAACAAUUCAUGACAUCAUGAACAAAAUGAUUCUGGAAAUUCCAAUUCGGAAUCCUGUAUAUCUCAUGUUAGGUGCAUCUUUUGGUUCAGCAGCAAAAGGAACUGGGCUCAAGGCUCUUGAGUUUGCUCUCUCCAUUUGUGACACUGUCGACAUGUAUGGUUUCACUGUUGAUCCAGGUUAUAAGGAAUGGACAAGGUAUUUCUCGGAGUCUCGAAAAGGUCAUACUCCACUGCAGGGUAGGGCUUAUUACCAGAUGAUGGAGUGUUUAGGACUUGUUAAGAUUCAUUCUCCAAUGCGAUCUGAUCCAAACCGUGUUGUAAAGUGGGUACCUGACCGUGGCACUAUUGCUGCUGCCAGGAUUGCAUCAGAAAAGUUAUUAAGGAGGGUUGGAGCAGGAUCUGGGGAUAUACUGGGUGCAUGUUCCAUCAUCAAGAAGCAAGUUAAAGGAAAGCGUACCGGAGUUUCAGGCCUUAGAAAGGCUGUUAUGGAGCAUCAAAAAUAUGUGAAACGAACAACGAUGUACCCUUUGGAGCACAAUCCUGGUCACGGUUUAGUCUGCACAGUGCCAAACAGUUGAAUCUUUCGUGGGUAAUGUAUGAAUGCAUGCAAAUACUUUGGGAAAGAAAAAGAGUGGUUGCCAGUGUACUCGGUAUUCAAAUUCUUUAGAAGCACAUAUGACCAUUCUGAUCAAGUUGGUAAUUUUGUUUCACAGCAUUAAGUUUUCCACAAAUUCCCCAAUUUAUGCCAUAGGUCCACCCUAACACAUCCCACAUGAACUUCAUGAGAGUCAAAUGUAAGAUUAGAUGAGAAAUGAGGAACCCUAGCCUUCUUGUGUAAUUUUCUCAUUCUUUUUCAGUCUCAUCUGUUCUAACCAUAGGUCAGAAGAUUGUUUUUCAGAUUCUCUUACAUAGAUCCCAGAUUGUUGGAGUGAUGAUUAGUUAAUCAUUUUGUUUUUUUGCUUUAGGCUGUGUUUGGUUCUUGUUGGAUUUGUGGUGGGACUUGUGAAGUUAGGUUUUUUCACUGUUCCCUUUCUUUUCCUUUUUCCUCCAGAAAAAAAUCCAAGAUAUAAACACUUGGUGUUGCGAACUUCUAUUUGUAGGUUCUGUUUUUAUGUGAAAUGCCUGUGAGGACCGCAUAAUUAUAUGGCCAA